UCCGAGAGGGCCGCCAGAUGGCGACGGAAAAGCCUGAGCUAGAGGAUAAAGACGCUAGGUCGCGUGCCGAUCCUUGCGAUCCGCUCCCCGUCACCAGUCUGCAAGAUGGCGGGCGGCUGACGACGUCUGGAGACGGCGAUUCGGAGAUGGAAGGCGACAACGAGAACGGCAGGUCGAAGAAAGGGGCCAGCCCCGAAGAACGGACGAGGAUAAGACGCCGCCUAUCAUCGAAACUUUACAAAGGAUCGUCACCGACAUCGGACUCGGACAUCGCCCGGCUUGAACGUCAACAGGAGGAGCAGCAGCAACGGGAGCAACUCGUCGAAAAACGAUCGUCAGGCGACGGCAGCAGCAAGAGCGACGACGAAGAAGCUGAAGAACUCGCCCGGUUGCGUUGUACCAGUCUUUCGACGGAGGUGGUCGCCGAACGUGAACAGCGUAGGCGCGAGCGGCAAAGGAGGUGUCCAGAUUAUCCCGGCCUUUCUUUCGGUUCUUCGGUCUACAGUUCAGACACGCUCAUGAAACUGAGCCUCAUCAAAAACGAACUGCACAACAUCCUUAACUCGCAGCUAAAAAGGGCUGAGAGUGAGGUGGCUGCCCUUAACAGGCGUAUCCAACUCCUUGAAGAAGAUUUGGAAAGGUCAGAGGAAAGGUUGGCCACUGCCACUGCCAAACUUGCAGAAGCAUCCCAAGCCGCAGAUGAGUCCGAAAGGAUAAGGAAAGCACUGGAAAACAGGACAAAUAUGGAAGAUGACAGGGUCGGAAGCCUCGAAUCGCAACUAGCCCAGGCCAAACUAAUUGCAGAAGAAUCUGAUAAAAAAUACGAAGAAGUUGCUAGAAAGCUGGUCAUGAUGGAACAGGACCUCGAGCGUGCGGAAGAGCGGGCUGAACAAAGUGACCUGAAAAUAGUAGAACUUGAGGAGGAACUCCGUGUCGUCGGUAACAACUUAAAAUCCCUUGAAGUUUCUGAGGAAAAGGCCAACCAACGUGAGGAAGAGUACAAGAACCAAAUUAAGACCCUCACUAACCGUCUCAAGGAGGCUGAAGUCAGAGCUGAAUUCGCUGAGCGUGCAGUACAGAAAUUGCAGAAGGAGGUUGACAGGCUUGAGGACGACCUCGUAAUGGAAAAGGAGAAGAACAAAUUGCUUCAGGAGGAGAUGGAAGCGACGCUUCAUGACAUACAAAACAUAUGAAAUGGUCAUGGAAAAGGAAAAAUUCAGAGACAUUGGAGAUGGCUUGGAUCUGGCCUUUGUAGAAAUUUAUGGCAUCUAAAACAGUCCCCCCCCCCAAACAAUUCUUUUAUAAAAACUUAAUUUUAUAAAUGUGAGAAUGUUCUCACUUUGAUUAAAAAUACUUCCUUACUUUCCUCUUCCCAUGUUCACAUAAGUACAGUGUACACAUGUGCCAUCAGCCAUAAAAAAAUUUUAGUCGUCUUAUUUAUUUAUCAUUAUCUUUUUGUUACUACAUAUUAAAUAUUGCACUAAAAAGACAAGAUAUUAAUUAUGAAUGUAGUUAUUUAAAAUUAAAUUUUUCUUGUCAUUAGGCACUUUUUAUAGAUUUUUUUGUGACUUAAAUCACAAAUUUAUGUUUUGAAGUUGUGGCGUUAUCAACACAUAAACUAGCUUUACCACUUUUUAUUUUUAUUUUAACUAAUGAAAUGUUCAGUAACUUGAACUUGGCUUGUGUUGUAACUUUAUAUUUACUAACAUUGCUUUAGUUCCAUAAAAUAUAUACUAUUUAUAUAUUUUGUUUUUUAAAUUAGCAAAGCAAAAUUUAUAUUUUAUUUUUACUUUGUAUAUUUUGCAAUAUAAGCAUAUUUGCUUUUGUGGAUUUUCUUUUAGUUGUGAGAAUGUGUGAGUGAAAGGCUAUUUAAAAUACAAAUGCUACUUUUCUACUAUAGAAGAUAGCCGAA